CUUGAAUAUCUGUGUACCAUAUGUAACAUCAUCUUCUAGGGCUUCCCGGAUUGCGGAAAGCCUUCUGGGAUUCUCGAGCUAAUUAUCCAUUGAUACGUGAUUUGUAGAAGUGCCAGAUAUGUCUUCCCCAAGGCUUUUCCCGAUUGCCUUACUUUCUCUGUUCCAUUGUCUCAUAUCUGCCAUGGCCGGGAAUUUCUAUCAAGACAUCGAUAUCCUUUUCGGGGAUUGGCGCUCUCAAAUUCUCCAGGGAGGCGAGCUUGUCACACUCUCUCUCGAUAAGGCUUCUGGGUCGGGAUUCAGAUCCAAGAACGAGUAUCUAUUUGGAAGAUUUGACAUGAGGAUGAAAUUAAUCCCGGGAGAUUCCGCUGGCACAGUCACCACAUUUUAUUUGUCUUCUCAAGGACCAACCCAUGACGAGAUUGAUUUCGAGUUCUUGGGCAAUUCAUCAGGAGAUCCAUUUAUUGUCCAUACGAAUAUCAUCCUGCAAGGGAAAGGAGGCAAGGAACAAGAGUUCUUUCUGUGGUUCGAUCCCACAAAGGACUUCCAUUUGUACUCAAUCGUGUGGAACCCUAAGAACAUCAUAAUUUUGGUGGAUGAAGUUCCUAUUAGGGUUUACAACAACUGGGGAAUCAAGGGAGUCCGAUAUCCGACCGACCAACCAAUGAGGAUGUACUCGACUAUAUGGAGCGCCGAAGAUUGGGCCACACAAGGCGGACGAGUGAAGACUGACUGGUCAAAGGCUCCGUUCACCGCCUCUUACAUGGGAUACAAUGCGAAUGCCUGUGUCUGGCCGUCCUCGUCCUCGCAUUGUCCCUCCAACUCAACAAGUCCAACGCCGGGCACUGCGUGGCAAAAUCAAAAGCUCGGCGUUAAGGGCCGGAACAUGCUUCGAUGGGCACAAAAGAAGUACAUGGUGUACAACUACUGCACGGACUUUAGGCGGUAUCCUCGAGGCGUUCCUCGGGAAUGCAGGAAAUCGAGGUUUAUGUAGGGAAAAUUCGAUCUAUACGUGGUUUCAUGAAAAUGAGUUCAUGGAACUGUUUGGUCGGCCUUGUACCUACACUAAUACAAAUGUAAACAAAAUUUUCGCUUCC